CUCAAUUUCAACAGAAAGAAGCAAUUGGAGAAUCUGUUGCGCAUGUACGAAGAACAUGAAAAUGACAUGAUUAAUGCUUUGGAUGCCGAUCUGAGACGUCCCAAACAGGAAAGUUUAGUUGUGGAAACAGAAUUUCUGAAAAAUGAUGUCAAAAACAUUCUGUACAACAUUGAUGAUUGGGUCAAGCCCGAGCUGCCACCCAAGUCGAUGGUUAAUCUCAUGGACGAUGUACAGAUCUACAAGGAUCCAUAUGGUGUAGUUUUGGUUAUUGGUGCCUGGAAUUAUCCCCUGCAGCUGUUGUUGGUGCCCGUUGCCUCAGCCAUUGCUGCCGGUAAUUGUGUUGUGAUAAAGCCCAGUGAAGUUGCUGCCAAUUGUGCCAAAUUCAUUCAAGAAACAUUGCCAAAGUAUUUGGAUAAUGAAUGUUAUCCCAUUGUCUGUGGAGGACCCCAGGAAACAACAGAACUGCUUAAACAAAGAUUCGAUUACAUUUUCUAUACCGGUUCCACGCGUGUUGGACAAAUCAUCCACGCUGCCGCCAACAAAUACUUGACACCCUGCACCUUGGAAUUGGGUGGCAAGAGUCCCUGCUAUAUUGACAAAUCGGUUGAGCUAAAGACAGCCGUAAAACGUAUUCUCUGGGGCAAAUUGAUUAACUGUGGUCAGACUUGCAUUGCUCCCGAUUACGUGUUGUGUUCCAAAGAAAUUGAAGUAGAAUUCAUCAAGGAGGCCAAAGAAAUCCUUAAGGAAUGGUAUGGUGAUAAUAUCAAAGAUAGUCCUGAUCUCAGUCGUAUUAUAAACAAAACCAAUUUUGACCGUUUGCUUGGUCUCAUGAAACAUGGCAAAAUUGCCGUUGGCGGUAGCUAUAACGCCAAUGAACUGUAUAUUGAACCCACAAUUAUUGUAGAUGUUAAAGCAGAAGAUCCUGUGAUGCAAUCCGAAAUUUUCGGUCCAAUCUUGCCCAUAUAUAAUGUUGAAAGUGCCUACGAUGCAAUCAAAUUCAUUAACUCCAGAGAAAGCCCACUGGCGAUGUAUGUCUUCACAACGGAACCAGAAAUACAAAAUUUAUUCAUACACAGUACACGAGCAGGAGGCAUGUUACUUAACGACACAAUCAUGCAUUAUGCCGGUAAGAAACUAGAAUAAAACCAAAGACCUCCAACAAAACGAAGGAAUCAGUUUGCACCCAGCAAGAACCUGUAGAAUAGAGUUGUCUCUAGGAUAGAUUUGGUGUUGGUUACAAUUUCGAUAGGUAGUUGAUUUAUGUUUAUUUUUUGUGGUGAAGGUAUUCUCUAUUUCUGUAUGCUAAUUGUAAUGGUGGCGGCCUUGAAUCACAUCCUCCCCUAUAUAUCUGUUACACACCUAUUGUUCACCUAUUGUAAUCUAUAUUUGUAUAAAUUCCCAUUUAAAUGCCUGCAUUACUUUAUGUUCUAUAUAUGAUUUUUAACACUC